CGCUUCUAAUAUUCUCUCUCUUUCGCCCACCUCCUUGCCUUUCCAUUAUUAUAUUCUCGCCUCCGGCAAGGGUUUGGACAGAGCUUGGAGAGAAAGAAAGAGAUCGGAGAGAAAGAAUGGGGAGGGGAAAGGUUGAGCUGAAGAGGAUCGAGAACAAGAUCAACCGCCAGGUUACCUUCUCCAAGCGCCGCAACGGCCUGCUCAAGAAGGCCUAUGAGCUCUCCGUCCUCUGCGAUGCCGAGGUUGCACUCAUCAUCUUCUCCAGCCGGGGCAAGCUCUACGAGUUCGGCAGCGUUGGCACUAGCAAAACUUUAGAGCGAUAUCAACGUUGUUGCUAUGCAUCUCAGGAUUCUAAUAUUACCAAUCAUGAGGCACAGAGCUGGUACCAGGAGAUGUCGAUGUUGAAGGCAAAAGUAGAGUCUCUGCAGCGCUCCCAGAGGCAUUUUCUGGGGGAAGACCUUGGACCAUUGAGUGUGAAAGAGCUGCAACAACUUGAACGACAACUUGAAUCUGCUCUGUCACAAGCCAGGCAAAGAAAGACUCAGAUAAUGCUGGACCAGAUAGAAGAACUUCGGAAAAAAGAGCGUCAUCUGGGAGAAAUAAAUAAGCAGCUCAGGAACAAGCUUGAGGCGGAAGGUGCCACCACAUUCAGAGCCAUUCAAGGAUCAUGGGCUUCUGAUGCAGUAGCAGCCAGCAAUGCAUUCUCCAUGCAGCCAUCUCAAUCCAGCAGCAUGGAUUUGGAACCCACUCUACAAAUUGGGUAUCACCAGUUUGUUCCUCUAGAAGCAGCCAUGCCAAGGAACCCAGGUGGAGAGAACAAUUUUAUGCUAGGCUGGGCUCUUUGAACUAUCUGAAUGCAAAAAGACUUAUGGUUUGUAUAAUAAUAUAGAAUGGUGCUUGUAUGCUUGCUAUAAUUAAUUCCUAUUUUAGUACCUGUGCACUGCUGCUGCUGAACCUUAACUGGUUUUUUCUGGACCACUCAUAAGCAUCUGCGUUUCAUGUUGGCAUUAAACUUAAAUGUCAUCAGUUUCUUGUGCAUGUAUAAGUUCUGUGACAGUGAUGAUAUUAAUCAAAUUAUGCUGGCAUGGUAAUUGAAGGUG